AUGAUCUCAUCCAUCUUUCUGCCUCUGGCUUUUGCUGUCUGUCAGGUCUCGUCGAGUCCCAUUCAUCAAAGAAGAGCACUUUCCCAAAACGACAUCAUCGGCCUGCAAUUGGCUGGCUACCUCGAGAACCUGGAACUAAGCUUGUACACCGGUGGCUGUGAAGGCUUCACCGAUGUAGAAUGGAUCGCAGCUGGCUUUCCUUCAACCUUUCAACAAGACAUAUGCGCUAUCGCAGAACAACAGAAUCAGACAAGCUUCAUCGCCUCUUCUCUCGAGUCCAACGGGAUUUCCGCCCCUCAGGCAUGCAGCUACAACUUGUCGUACGACUCACCCACAAGUUUUGUUCUCCUCGCGAACCAAAUCACGUCCAUAAGCCUCGGCUUCUAUCUCGGAAGUCUGAAUGACUUCUCACCAGCGCUUCAAACAGUUGCUGCUUCAAUUCUUUCGGUAGAAGCUCGUCACGAUGCUAUUGUCAGAAACGGAAUGGGUGCAUCUCCUUUUCCCACCAACCUCGAUGUACCAUUGAGCUCCGUCUGGGCAUACAGUUUGGCACAGAAAUACAUCUCGUCUUGUCCACGACAGUUGCCCAUCGAUCUUCUACCACCACUCGGCUUCAAUGGCAUGUCAGGCAGCAGUCUUAGCUUUGGCUAGAGUCCAAAUGCCAACAACUUCUCAGCCCCGACUGAAGCGGGUCAAGCUCUUUAUCUUGCAAUCGUCCACGCCAACGCCACUGAUCCGAGCUAUCAACAGGUAUUGACAACGGGGCAAGGUCAAGGUACAGCACAACUUCCAGAAGGUCUUGGAGGAGUGGUUUAUGCUGCUCUUACAGCUUCCUCGGGAGACUUGACAUUUCACGAGCUCACAACUACUGGCACUUUGG